CCACAAAUACUGCGUCGCUGGCCUAAUAACGCGAAAGCUGCUGAGCACAAAGCUGCGGUGGUGCCUGAUGAGGAGGUGUACACUCAGCGCGCUCCAAAAAUGGUUGACGGUCGCAGAGAAGAUGCAGGAAAUGUUAGUCAACUCAAGAGUACUAGAGGUAGAAACAGUUAUCAGCAACAAAGAAAUCGUCGAAAGUUCGAUCAACACUCAAAAAGUUUCGUGAAGCCCAUCGGGCAAGAGAGAGCCGAUCAAUUGCGCAGUCCGGUUGUUUCCAGUGAAGGCUACGAUGAAUGGGAAACGGCCAGUGAGAGUAGCACACGUGUCAUACGAGAAGAUCAUUCUGAGGUCAGGACUGGUAAACACUCCAGUGAUCGCACUGUGUCUACGAUGUCGCAAAACUCUUCGUCUGCUCAUCACCCUUCCUCUCGUACUGCUUCCCUACAUGCAUCACAGACUGAACACCCUGAAACUCGAUCCACACCAGUGGAGCGCCCUCGUGGUUCAAAAAACGUCCAACCCGCCAGCCGUACGUGCCCGUCGCCCUCCGAAAGCUGCAACAACAAAAACAAUGUGCAAAGCAGCAGUAGAUCGAGAGAUGUACAAGGAAUGGAGAAAGACGUGUCGGACGGUCUGGCGGGUCUUGAUAUCAAUAAUAUUGCAAGCGUUGUGGUUAUCGACGACCACUUGGUUGAUGCUGUUAGUGUAGACAUGGAUGAUGAAUUUGAGGAGGUCCUAAACAAGAGAGCGAAGAAGCAGAAAGCUCAUGAGAUGCAAGCCAAAGUGGAGACUGAAGAGAAGCGUAAGGCAAGAGAAAAGGAUCGCCAGACACGUACUCAAACAAACAAGAGAGCGCGCAAAAACAAUAUGAAGAAAGAUAAAAGGGACGAUGUCCAAAAGGAGUCCAAGAAGAAUGCAGAAAGUUGGUCGAAGACAGCCGAGCAGAGAAAAGCGAAGGAGCAGUACCCAAAGAAUGUUCAGCAAAGCGUAGCAUCAGAGGACGCACCGGAGACAGAAGAUAUUGGUUCUGUUCAAGAGCAGCAGGUUAAUGUGCGCAAGAAUGCUCCUGUAACAACCGUUUGGAAUAGCGCUCAUGUAGCAGAACAGAAGGAACUUCUGGAAGGGAUGCAACCAAUUAUCCCUUCUCCUAUCGCAAGACCUACUCCACGAUCGAAGUCUGCAGCUUCCUGUUCUCCUCCGACGUUUCAAGAUUUAGUAAGAACACAUCUUAUCCUUUCCUCGGAGCAAGCGUCUAACGAGAAAGCACUCACUUCUUUGUCAACAGGCACAAGUUCGGAAGUUGACGAUUUCCGCUUGAAGGAAAAACUGUAUAAAGGAUUGUGGUGUGGAGAAGAGAAGGAGACGGAGUCCACUUUGCCGUCGAAUGUUGCAAAGGUGAAGCCGCAGCCGCAAUCUGCAGCAGACCAUACACAAAGCGGUUGUAAACCCGCAGUUAGCGUUCCAAAUUCUUCUCAUGUAUUUCCGCCAAGAAGCCCUGGCAUAGCACCAUUCGCGUCUGGCUUGAGUGGACUGAUGUUUUCUCCAUAUCCAGUGAUGUUCGGAGAUAUAUCUUUCGGGAGAGGAUACGCAUCUAUAGGAUCAGUGGUGCAACCAUUGAUUCCUCCUUCAAAUGCAUCGAGUCCGCCACUCUGUCCAACCUUAUACCAGCAACCACCCUCACUCUCGAAUAAUCCUCCAAUGAAUCAGCAUCGACUUCCUAUGCGAUCUAAUUACUUCGACCAAAGCGCACUUUUUGCUGGCAAUAUGACACAGUCCCAAAAUAUGGGGUGGACUACGGGAAACAUGUUGGAUAUGGUUAGCAACAAUUCGACCACGCCUUCCCAACAGCAUCCGCCUGCUCAGGUGUCGUCUCCAAUGCAGUCAUCACAUUUAUCUAUGCACCGUGGUGCUGUGCCUCCCCUGCUCCAGAACCAUUCCCAGACGACGUCUCGUGGUUAUGAUGUGAAUAUGUCGAAUAUGCCCUCAAAUGGUACACACGCACGUCCACCAGGCGCUGGCUCCAGUGCCGCGGUUCCUCCUCUUCCUUUACCUCCACACGAUCUGGUUAACAUGCCGCCUCCAAUCGGAACACAGCGUGUAGCACCGUUCGCGAUUCAAUAUGCAGGCUUUGCUCCAUCUCCUCUCACACAUCCUCUACAUCCUUCUCACAGUUUCACUCAGCCACCGCCCAACGGGAGAUUUGCCCAGCCGCCUCCUACGUUACAUCAGGAUGCUCAUUGGGAAAAGGAAGCUCCGUUCUCAGGAAUGCGUCAACACGUCACUAUGUUUCCAGGUCACAACAACAUGCAGAUGAACGCAGUGCAGCCUAACCAGCAAAAUAAGUGGACAGUGAAUACCAACCACCCCCACAUGCUACCGCCUUCGCAAAUGAGGUCGCUAAAAAUGCUGUCGUCAUAUGUUGUGAUUGUAGUUUGUGCAACUGGAGUCGUGAAGGAGCAUAAGUGUUCUGACGCGACAUUCUUCUGUCUGUAG